UCCCGCCUCUCCCGCCGCGCUCCCUCCGCCCCGCUCCCCCGCCCCCUCCUCCGGCAGCUCCCCGCUCGCUGGCUCCUUCCUCGCCUGCCUCCCGCGGCUCCCCGCUGCGCAGAGCGCCGCGCCGGCGGGGUUAUGGAGAGCCAGCGCUGCUUCGCCAACCGCUUCGAUGACUACCCGGGCAGCCCGGAGGCGGCGCCGGGCAAGGAGGCGGCGGCGGUGCCGCUAGUGACGGCCACCAUCGAACGGAUCCUGCGGGAGCUGCCGCCCCUGGGCGGCCCCCGCGGCUGCCAGGGCGGGCUGUACGGCGGCGUGGCCGGCGUGGCCUACAUGCUGUACCACGUCGCGCAGUGCCCUCUGUUCGCGCCGUCGCGGGAGGCCUACCUGCGGGCGGCUCGCCGCGUCGUGGACGCCUGCCUGCGCUACCAGGAGGGCAGCGGCGAGGCCGACGCUGACACCCGCGCCGCCUUCCUGCUGGGGGGCGCCGGGGUGUACGCGGUGGCGGCACUGGUCUACAGAGCUCUGGGGCUGCCCGACUUCGCCCGGCCGCUGGGCAAGUUCCGGGAGCUCAGCGAGGUCUGCGCUCCGCUCUCCUUCCUCGAGUGCGGCUCGGACGAGCUCUUCGUCGGCCGCGCCGGGUACUUGUGCGCCGCCUUGGUGCUGAAGCAGCGGCUGGGCAUGGAGGUGCUGACCCCAGCACAAAUAAAAUCAAUUUGCCUGGCCAUACUAGAAUCGGGAAAGCAGUAUGCAGUGAAGAAGCGGAAACCAUUCCCACUCAUGUAUUCAUACUAUGGAACAGAGUACCUUGGUGCAGCUCAUGGGCUUUCAUCAAUCCUUCAGAUGUUACUUUCCUAUUAUGAGUACCUGCAGCCAGCAGAUCAGGAACUUGUGUGGCAGAGCGUUGAUUUUCUUAUGGACCAAGAACAGAAUAGCAACUGGCCUCCUGAGCUGGGAGAGACAAUCGAGCGGGAGAAUGAGCUUGUGCACUGGUGUCAUGGAGCUCCAGGCAUUGCAUACCUGUUUGCCAAAGCUUACCUGGUUUCCAAGAAGCCUCAAUAUCUGGACACUUGUAUCCGCUGUGGAGAGCUAACUUGGCAGAAAGGCCUGUUGAAGAAGGGACCUGGAAUAUGUCAUGGAGUGGCUGGUAGUGCUUAUGUGUUCCUGCUGCUCUAUAGGCUCACUGGAAACUCAAAAUACAUAUACAGGGCACAAAGGUUUGCAGAAUUCUUAUUUACAGAAGAAUUUAAGGCUGGUUCCCGGGCAUUAGAAAGUGUAUAUAGUCUGUAUGAAGGUUUCUCAGGAACUGUGUGUUUCCUGACUGACUUGCUGCAACCCAACCAAGCCGAGUUUCCUCUCUUCAGUGUCUUUGUCUAGAGAGCAACAUUCUCGAGGGCCACAUCCUCGUGGGGAUGGGAGAGGACACCUGCAGUUUCACUUAUUUGUCAAGACAGGCUAUUUACAGAACAAGCCAGUGGUACCACUAAUGCUAGCCUUAACAUAGCUGGGAGUCAGGUGAAA